AUGCCCGCCGCCAUCAGCUACGGCAGGUACGCCGCUGCCUGGCACCACAUCCUGUGGGACGCCGAGUACGCUACGCAGCUCGCCUUCAGGCUUGUCAGCCGAGGAUUCUGCGCCGCCAUCGACGACAUCCUGUGCAGCGAGCGGCUCGUAUUCGACUCCCUCAACCCCAACCAGGGCGUACGUGCUUGGGGUCAUUCAGGACCACUUCCGUGCUUCCACCCCGACGGACCGACGCAAGCCCAAGUCAAGGCCGUGCAGAAGGCGCGCGUGCUUGUAUUCCGCGCCGAUGCGUACCCUCCCAUUGGCGCCCUCUGCGCUCACGCUGCUGCUGGCACGAAGCUUGCCCUGACCCACACCGGGUGGUGGCCCAUCAAUGUCGACAUCCCGGCAGAAGUGUCUGACAUAGCCUUCCUAGCUCAGAUUUCGUGCGCGUGCGACCUGGAGACAGUCCCUCAGGCAACGCUGGCGCAUUCGGCCACAAGUGUCACGGUCGAUCUCGACCUGACGGCCUUGAACGGCGCUCGUCUUCCACAUUGUCACCUGUUCACCCGGUGGUGGUCACCUAGUGUCGAGCGUCUCUGCAUUAGUCUGACCGGAUCACUGGCGGCCAUGAAGGCUGCGCCUCGGCAGCUGCUCUCCCGCCUCACGCUCCCCGAUCGCAAGCGUCUCAAGGUGACGGUGCUCAUUCACGACGUUGAGCUCUCAAAGCUGGAUCACCGGUGGAUGGAUAAGGAGUUUGAGAUGCUCGGUGUCCAGCAAUACGAAGUGUUCAGCGUGGACUGCAGGACCGGUGCCGUGGCUGACGAGAAGCACCACUGCUACGAGUUUGAGUGGGCGUGGCUCGACUGGCACGCGGAACGCAUGCGCGAGACGGAGGAGCAGGUCAAGGAGCAGACAUACGUCCCGCCCAGCAAGCGCAACGCGAGCAAGCAGUCGACGACCAUCAAAAAGGAAGGACCUUACCAACCGCCAGGGAAGAGGAAGCAAGCGGAGCAUACCGAGCAGCUGGCUGAACUCCUUGCGCGUGCGACGGAGUGCUCUUCCAACCCUAAGCCUACCGAACUCCCCAACCCAAUGCCCUGCCCCGAGCCCGACCACGUCCCGACCUGGCGUCGGGCUGACUACUGCAGAGCCCAGUCCUACCAAUCCGUCACUGAGCCUGAAGACGAGUACGUCGACAUGCCAGACCACUUUGCGCAGGUUCCCAUCGCACUUGGCGGAGCACACUAUGCUCUCGGGAAUUACCGCUUCGUUCUGAGUGCAGAGAUGGUGCACCAGGGUCAGCGCAUGGACGAGCGCUUCCAGCCUCUUGAGGAGACGAUAGACGUUGCGCUUUGGGAGGAGACCUACGGAUUCAAGUCUAACACGGCGGAGGGCGACGGGCUCGGUGACGCAUCACUCGACAGGGAUGCGGUUUGGGAGGAUGAGGUGAGCGGAGAAGUCAUAUCAGGAGUCUGUGUAUCGCCUCGGCAGAAGCCAGCCAACAAGCACGGCCGCACUGCACCUAAGGACGGAGACCCCGAACCCCCAUCCCACAGACGAAAGCUGCAGCGCCUGAAGAGCUGGGCCAGUAUCUCCUCUGACUCCGACGCCUCCGUCAUCCCCAUUGAGAUCUGA